AUGGCCGACGCGAGUGCAAAAGCAAUCGAGGCUUCGGUUUCUACCGAUAUUAUCGGUGACAAUAGCUCGCAAAAUUCUGAUAAGUUGCUUUCCGCCUUAGCUCAAAUGCAGACAAGUUUUCAAGAAGCUCUAUCAAAGCAAACGAACUCGCUACUCAAGUUUUUUGACGAGGAUAAAGGGCGAAAGUCUGCGAGAAAACGUUCCCAUACUAGUUCGGGUAACGAUCAAGAUGAGUCGGACGAUUCAGACUUUGUCUCUGAGGCUCCAAAGAGAGCAGAACAUCCCUCAAAGACAGGGAAAACUUCAUCUGGCAAAGACCAGGAAGAAAAUGAACACCAAAGGUGUCAAAGCCAAGAAACUGACCAUGAGGUCGUAGAAUUAUUUGAUUCCGGGGAAAACUCUCAACGAGGCCGCGAUGUCGACGACACGCUAAGUCUUUUUGGCGGGCCGGAAUUUAAUGAGGACGAACAGGACAAUGAAAAUCUCCUGUCCGAUAUUGCACAAAGUUUGGUUUCAUCAGAAGAUACAGGCCCGCCUAUUACCGAGAAACUUGCGAGCAUUGUAAACAAAAAUUUUUCCGACGAUGUUGAUUUAACAAAACUAAAAUCCAUCUUGAAUACACACAAGAAACCGGAAAACUGUACUGAACUUUUCGUUCCUAGAGUUAAUACAGAAAUCUGGCAUAAAAUGAAGCCCCAUCAAAGGAAGGCUGACAUUAAGUUUUCAAACCUUCAAGAUACCCUAAUCAAAGGCGUCUCAGCCUUGACGACAGCAUCAAAUGAUUUGCUUGUUUGCAGGGAAACAAAAACCCUGCCAAAUUAUAAAGAUCUUCUUUCAAUUACUUGA